AUGUGCAUCAGCGCUCUCUGGACCGCAGUGGGCCUGUUUCAUGUGGUUGAGUUCUUCACUCCCCAGAUCAUCGUCGACGAUUCACAGGCACUGUUUGCUGGCUACGGGACAUUUCUCCUAGCCUUCUUGUUCUUCACAGCCGGGGCUUUGCAUCACAAAGACAGAGUCAGUGCUGUUCUAUCUCUGGGGAUGUUUCUUUCUUGCAUUUUCGAGAUUUCGGCUUUGUGGACUCCUCUUCGAAGAAGUGCAGCUGCCUACUAUCUUCUGUUGUCUUUGGUGACUCUGUAUCUCCUAGUCUCAAAGCUAUGGAUUCGUUUUAGACAGGGGGAACAGAAGUCUAAAACAUCUAGAGAGUUUGUUAAACCGUCUAGGGAUUAUAUUCCAAUGGGACAUCUUAUGAAUACAUUGGCUGCAGCUGUAUAUGCAGGGCAAGUCACCGGAAUCUACAACCAUGUUUCUCUUGCAUUCACUUGGAUCAUUGUUGGGGGCUUUUACCAGCUCGUUGCCUCCGUUGUUGCUGUGAGAAGAGGGGAGAUCUAUAAUGGUCUGUAUUUUAUUUUCCAUGGAACUUUCUGGAUCACUAACGGUUUUAAUUUGUCGGUGGUUUUCGUAACGUUGCAGAACGUUCCGUUGACCAUGAUUGCCGCAACAGUCAUUCAUUUCAUUAUAUUUUUUAUCAUCGCGAUAAUCUCUCUCACAAAAGAAAUUUAUCAGCUUCCUCAAAACAUAGCUUUGUGCAUUCUUUGUGUGGCCAUUCAAGUCAAUGACAAUAAUGCGGGAGCUUUUCUUGGCGCUAUGGGCUGGAUCCUGUUCGUAUUCUCAUUAUACGGACUUGCAGCCCAUAUUUCUAGGUUGAAGAAUUCCGGCUUUAAGCUUCCUUUGGGUACACGUCUCAUUGACCCUGACAAGAUUGCAAAUUAUUUGGUCUCGGCUUGCAAAUGUUGUUGCUCCCAUGCUAGAGCUGUUACCUCCAAAGGUUCCAGCGAUCUUUUUACUAGCGAUUUCACGCUUGGUUAUUCCAGGUACGCUGGUUUUGAUCUAGCUGGAUUUGCUCUAAACGCAAUUGCUGCAAUAGCUAUUCUUUGGACACCACAAGGUCUGUGGGUUCUUCCUUGGGCGGUGAUCCUUGGAGGCCUGGCUCAGAUGAUUGUAGGAUCCAUUUGCUUUUCUAAAGGUCUGUCUUUUGAAAGCUGUGCUUUCUUUACAUUUGGCUCAGUGUGGCUAAUAUGGGGUCCAGCACGAGGUUUGGCAACCUUAGCCCAAGACAACACAGCAGCGGCUAUUACUGGUUGUGUCGGAUUUUUAGCCGUUGGUUUACUGCUGUUCGGACUCUCUACCAUCAUAAACAAGGCUUGGACGGUUCUCACAUUUUUCUUCAAUUUAGUCAUCGUGGGGAUCCUUUUGCACACAGUCAAUGCUAACGGGUCAUUUAUUUAUGAGAUCGUCAUCAAUGUGCUUUUCGUGAUUAUCUGCACUUACUGCUUUGUCGCUACUGCCCUGAAAUCAGUUUGGGGCAGAGAACUCCUUCCGCUAGGCAAGCCUUUCUUACAGGUCAGCUAUCUCCACUCACAAGGCGAGCAGGCUUUUUGGGCUGAUGGGCGGAAGGCUUCGGGAGUCAAAGCAAUAGCAGACAUUAUGAACCGUGGAGGAAUUUGUGGCAUUCCAACAGACACUGUCUACACCUUGGUAGCUGCUUGCAAGUUCCCAGCAUCAGUUGAGAGAGCCUACAACACGAAGAAGCUGGCAGAAGAUCGUCCGAUGUCUAUGUGGAUCUCCAAAGUAGAUCAGCUGGCAGCGGGAAGACCUCUCUUUGGAGAGCUAGUUUGGGGUCUCAUGAACGAAAUUUGGCCAUCAACUGUUAGUCUUGUAGUGCCCAAAGGCGAAUGGUUGCAAACGCUGGGCAUCGGAGCAUCAGAGAAAUAUAUUGGCAGGCCUGACAGCAUAGCUUGUCGUAUGCCGGACAACACGGUGACGUCAAUUCUGGUGGAUCAGACGGGACCAAUCGCUGUGUCCUCGGCCAAUCCAACCGGCGAAGCGGACACGACUCAUCAUCUUCAAGUGCUGGCCAAACUGGGGCUUGAAAAUUGUGAUGGUAUUCUCUGCUCCGGCCCGUCCCCUGAAAACAUGGCGUCGACAGUUGUGGACUGCCGAAAGUUGGCUACGGAUGGCAAGCUGGCGUUUUUCAGAAUCGGCGUAGUGCCCAGAUCUCAAGUCGAAGCCAUGUUUGCGAAAGUGAUGGCCUACCAUAGUGGGGCAGUACCUCCUUCUGUCAGAGCAAUCGCUGGAGGACCUCAUGAGAAUGCCGGGUUUGAGGUUGAAGACACUGAAAGGCCACCACAAGCCAACGAGGAAGCAAACAGCAACGAAGAUGACGAACCAGGCCUCACCACCUUCUCCACGUUCAACAGCAACAACACUUCCCUGGACAUGAGCUUCGCGGAAUCUGUCGUGGAAGAUGAUGCUCGUCUAAUCAACACCUUGACCAGAAGCAACAAGUCUCCAGUUCCCAAGUCUGACGACUAUGAAGAUGUCCUGUCCACGCCCAACAUGAUUUCUGGGCGGGUCAAUAAAAUUUACGAAACACUGCACCCUUCUCAUCCCGGACCGGUAGAGAACUCGGUCUACCAAUACUCUAAAGCGAAACACGUCCCCACGAACUUCAAACUUCUUGAUUCUGAAGGAGAAUCUGGGUCAGAUAGAAAUUCUUCAGAUAGCUCUCCCUACGAGCCGAUGGUCCUGAUGGCAAAUAAAUCCGGGGCGCAGCUUGUUAAAGCCUCCAAAGAAAUUGGGGGUAAAGUAAACACCCCACAUCGCAUCUCGUCAGAUGAUGCCCCUAUUUUUAAGAUUAGUCCAUUUUUUCUGGACUCCAUUAAUGGCACUAAAUUUUAA